ACAAGUAAAAGAGAUUUUUAAGGCUGUUCGCAUCAACGUGAAUUCUCAUAUGCAAUUGUCAAUUUAUGUGUGAUCUGUGAAGACAAAAGCAAAAAUAUUUCCCUCCUUCACUUUCGCAAGUAAAAACCAAACCAAUAUCAACAGAGUCGUCAGGGCCAAUUAACAACAAGAGUCUCGUCCGGCAUCUUCGGGUAAACUUAAACUUUGAGAAAUUUUGUAAACUGGAUCCCGUAAUUCUAUAAAAACCGUCGAAAGAACAAAACAAAAAUGAGUGACACGGUGCAAGAGCUGGAGGGCUCCGAGUUGGGCACGAAGGAAUACUGGGAAACUAGUUAUAAAUCCGAGAUACGCAACUACAAAGACCACGGUGAUGUGGGUGAAAUUUGGUUCGACGAAGAUAGCCAGCUGAGAAUCAUCCGAUGGAUCGAAAAGCAGGAAGAAUUGAUAAGCCAAGAUGACGCGAUAAUUGAUUUGGGUUGCGGUAAUGGCAUGCUGCUGGUGGAGCUUGCUCGCGAAAGUUAUAGCAAUCUAACUGGAGUUGAUUACUCACCAAAUGCUAUUGAACUCGCCCGAACCAUUAGUAAGGACCAGGAUCUUUGUAUCACGUAUAAAGUGGCCGAUUUACUCAACCAAACGGAUGUGAAAGCUUUAGGGAACAACUUCAAGGUAGUUCAUGACAAGGGUACUUAUGAUGCUAUCAGCUUGAACCCGGAGGAUCCAAAGUCGAUGCGGGAGAGUUAUAUGCGAAGUGUUGCUCAUCUUUUAAAGGAAGAUGGUUUUUUCAUACUUACCUCGUGCAACUGGACUCAGCCAGAAUUGGUGAAAAGUUUCGAGCGGUAUUUUAAGUUAUAUCAGGUGAUCCCGACACCUUCGUUUCAGUUUGGUGGCAGCGUGGGUAACGUGGUUACUUCAAUUGUUUUUUGUAAAAUAUUUAGAUAAUAAAAUUGUUGUUUCGAGGCUGUGUUAUCAGCUGCCAAACCAAUUCUACAUA